CUUCACUUCCUGAUACACCUGUUUGUCAGGUAGGCGAGACCGCAGCGCAACGGAGACACUGAGUCAUGAGAAAAGAGACUAUGGACGGAGUUGUAUUGAAGCUUUUGACGUAGCUGGGACUUUAAAAAAAAAAAAAUAUCGUCACACGAGUGAACCCGUUUUUCAUAUCUAAAAUGCAUCGACGGCGCCACAGGAAUAGCGCUCUGAACGUGGUUUUGCUGCUGUAUUUGAUCGUUUGUUUAGCCCCUUCCCUAGUCUCCUCCAUCACAGUAAAUUCUCCAGCUGAGAUCCAUGCAUCCAAAGGGGACACCGUCACCUUGUCCUGCACUUUCGCCUCCACCAGUAGACCGACCAGUAAGAUGAAUGUUGACUGGUCUUACAGGCCCCAGAGUGGAGGACCACCAAAUACAUUUUUCCACUUCUCCUCACAGUCGUUCCCUCCUCGUACGGGUCAGUUCGCUGGUCGUAUCCGGUGGUCGGGAAUCCCUGCGCGUGGGGAAGCCUCCAUCUCUCUGAUCAACGCCACCCUGAAUGAUAACGGGACAUACACAUGCUCUGUCAGAAACCCUCCCGAUGUCCACGGCGCCACCACAUCACACACUGUACUCACUGUCACUCCAAAGGCGGCCAGCAUUCGCUUCUCUGAUGUUGCGGUCCUCCUCGCUUUCAUCCUCCUCCCCUCCGCUAUCAUCACCCUUGUUCUGAUUGGACGGAUACUCUGUCCCAAGAAACAACGGAACCAAUCGAAAGCCUACAGAUCACCCAUAGAGGUCACGGAGGGGGAGGAGUACAGCAUCAAUCCACCAGAGGCUGGAGAAAGCAGGAUCACAUGCUGUGACCUAUGUCUGAUGGACUCAGACGGUGAGGAUGAGUACUACAGCAUAAAAAAGAGGCCUCCUAUGGAUGAAGACUAUGCUGAGUCUCAGUUCUAGAGAACCCUGCUGGUUGGGAAGAGUAACUGCAGUAUGUGGACCCGCUGGUGCCUUCUUUUAAUGAAAGGUACUGAACAGAAAUCAAUGCUGGAUUCAUAUCUUCUGUGCCACAGUCAACCACUCACCCAGUCGCUUGGGUGAUGAUUACUUUUCAUGGUGACCGCUUUGGAAGCAACAUGAAGAAGUGUAUUUUUUUUAAUAUCUCUCCAGCAUUAUGAAAUAUGUCAAUAAAGAUUUGGCUUUUGUCUAGAAUCUCCUAAAGUCUCCAAGCCCUCUCCAAAACAAGUUGACUGUUUUUUUUUUGUUUUUUUUUAAUAUCAGUGAGCGAAGAUAUUUUCUGUUUAUUUUGUCCGGAAAGGUCCACAGCUGAUUCUGUUGACGUACCCUGUAAACACAAACACAUAGAUUAGCAGUAUAUAUUUUAUAUCUUAAACAUUUAUAUGUAUGUCAGUCUAAAACUUCCUCUUGUGAAGGAGAUAGAUAUGUUUUGUCUAAUUUAUUGUCUAAGCUGUUGAUACCUUUGUUUACCUGUAGUGGAGCAUUUCUGUCAUAUCUUUAAUAUUUGAACAUAAAAGACAUAAUGGUUUGAUUUUGAAUGCGGAUGUGACCACUUUGUAGUGUUUAUACUAUACAGUAUAUUUGCAGUAUCUUUAGUCCCCUGCAUAUUACUAUAGGAUGUCUUGAUUUCAACAUCUGCAACUCCCUGCUUGUUGUACUUUGGUGACGUCUGAGUUUGGAUGUGGUCUCUUGUGGAUGUAGAUAUUUGAUAUGACAUGAACUGAAUUUUGGUUAUGGAUGUACAACUUUCUUUUGCUGAUAAAAAUUUUAGCAACAUUUUUGCUUAAAUAAAUUGUUAAUGAGCGGA